AUGUACGGCAGCGACAACUACAGCAGCGGGCGCAGCUACGGUGGCUCGGACCGCUACGGCGACUCGUCCUCGCGCCGCGAGAGCUCGUACAGCAGCCGUGGAGGCAGCUCCAGCUAUGGUGGCGGUGGCAGCUACGGCGGUGGCAGCUCCAGCUACGGCGGUGGCAGCUCUAGCUACGGCGGUGGCAGCUACGGCGGUGGCGGUGGCUUUGGCGGCGGCGGCAGCUACGGCUCGGGCGACCUCGGCUCGAACCUGAACACGAACAUCCAGUGGGAUCUCUCGAAGCUGCCCGUGUUUGAGAAGAACUUCUACUACGAGCACCCGAACGUCGGCGCCCGAUCCGAGUCGGAGCUCGAGGAGUGGCGCCGCAAGCACCAAGUCACAGUGAACGGCAAGGGUGUCCCGAAGCAGGUCAUGUCGUUCGAAGAAGCGUCGUUCCCCCAGUACGUCCUCGACGAAGUUGUUCGCCUCGGUUUCCCGGCGCCGACGCCGAUUCAGAGCCAGGGCUGGCCCAUGGCCUUGUCCGGUCGUGACAUGGUCGGUAUCUCGGCCACGGGCUCGGGUAAGACGCUUGCCUUCUUGCUGCCCGCCAUCGUCCACAUCAACGCUCAACCUUACUUGCAGCCUGGUGACGGCCCGAUUGUGCUCGUCAUUGCGCCGACGCGCGAGCUCGCCGUGCAGAUCCAACAGGAAUGCAACAAGUUUGGCGCCAGCUCCAAGAUCAAGAACACGUGCGUCUAUGGCGGUGUGCCCAAGCGCCAGCAGUGCGACGACCUCGCGCGCGGUGUCGAGAUUUGCAUUUGCACGCCCGGUCGCAUGAUUGAUUUGCUUGGCCAGAACAAGACCAACCUGCGCCGCGUCACGUACCUUGUGCUCGACGAAGCCGACCGCAUGCUCGACAUGGGUUUCGAGCCGCAGCUUCGCAAGAUUGUCAGCCAGAUCCGCCCGGAUCGCCAGACGCUCAUGUGGUCGGCGACGUGGCCGAAGGAGAUUGUGACGCUCGCCCAUGACUUCUUGCACGACUUUAUCCAAGUCACCGUCGGUUCGCUCGAGCUCACGGCCAACAAGAACAUCACGCAGAUCGUCAAGGUCAUGUCGGACCACGAGAAGUAUGGCGCCUUGUCGGACCUGCUCAAGGACAUUGCGGACGGCGGCAAGAUCAUCGUCUUUUGUGAAACCAAGCGCGGCGCCGACGAGCUCACGCGCAACUUGCGCGCCACGCGCUUCGUGACGCGUGCGAUCCACGGCGACAAGUCGCAGGAGGAGCGCGAUUGGGUGCUCAAGGAGUUCAAGGCCGGCAAGGCGCAGAUCCUCGUGGCCACGGACGUGGCUUCGCGCGGCUUGGACAUCAAGGACAUUCGCUAUGUCAUCAACUUUGACAUGCCCAAGAACAUUGAAGACUACAUCCACCGCAUUGGUCGUACGGCCCGCGCCGGCCAGAAGGGCACGGCGGUCUCGUACGUGACGGCCGACAAUGGCAAGAUGGUGCAGGACCUCAUCAAGAUUCUGCGCGAGGCGGGCCAGGAAGUGCCGCGCGAGCUCGAGGGCAUUAGCUCGUUUGGCGGCGGCGGCGGCUUCCGCGGUGGUCGUGGCGGCGGCCGUGGUGGCGGCCGCGGCUUCGGCAACCGCUGGUAA